ACGGGUCUGCAGUUUACUUCUGAUUGGACUUCCGGUUUUCAGGAACAAAUAUUUUUGGCAACAAAACGUCGAUUUCACACCAUCUCGGAUAUAAAGUGAACUUGAAAUUACGAAGAUAAAACAUGUCUCACUAAAGAGAAAGUUACUAACGUUUAUUUGAUGGAAAUCGGACGUGUAAAUGCUGAGAAAUCGUCAUUUCAGUUUUAGAUUGAUUAGUGCAGUGUAUUCCUGUGCAUUAAUGUACACAUUAGUGCAUACUUAGAUCGAUAAGGAGAUAUCUACUACAAACGUGAUGAAGAGUCAUCGGACAUGCUGGCAUUAUUUUGAAAGUUCUCCGAUUUGAAUUCUAACGCUUGUGAAGUAACUGUCGAAAUCAACAGAACUGAAUCCACAACUUAUAUAUUUGAAUUAUAAAAAAUAGUGAGCACCAUCUUUCCUUGUUGAGACAAAGCCAAAGGCACAACCAGCCUUCGCCAAGAUGAUUGAGUUCUGUACCAAAAAGCGGAUGGCUAUUGCUAUUGUGAUACUGGUUGUUGUUUCUGUCCUAGUCCUGAUCCUUGAAAAUGGUAUAUCAGCAUUCAGCCAUCAUGAUCUGAAAGACCUGACCAGUGCACCACCAAAUGAUAGUGCUGUCUCCUCAAAAUGCUGGUUAACAGAAAAGUCUUCAGUCAAAUCGGAAUGUGUCAAAUGUUCUGAUUUUGAUGUGCAAGUCAAGCAUUCUUUCUGUCUAGAGACAGGCCAUAAACAACUGGUAAAUUGUGAAAAAAGUGGUGACCAAUAUAGGAGCUGUACAGUACCUCGAGAUACGGCUGCAGAAGAGAAGCAUUUCUGGAUAUUUGAAGCAACAACAUUUGUUUGUGGUCUGAUAUCGUAUGGUAUUGUCAUUCUACGACAAAAGAGAUUAGACAAACAUUUCCUAGAGAAGAUAAAUAAACAAAUUGCCUCGGGAGUAUGAUGAAUUGUGUUUUGAGAAGAGAUUAUUGUGAUGGUAGAACCAUCUUUUGUGUGGGUGGCAGCAUGUUUGGUCCAGAUCAGAGCAUGUUUUGGAGGAAACUAUGUGAGAACUUUUUAGUUUCUGUUGAGGUAUCUUGUGAGUUGUGGACUUGCACAAGGGUCAUGAGGUGUUGUUUAGUAUGAAGUUAUUAUGUCAGUUCAGGGUGCCCAGAGCAGAUGAUCACUUCACAUUCCAGUCACAUAGAAAAUGACAUUUCACUGAUGUUACUUUGGGUUUAGCGAUUGGACCUUUAUGUGUGCCCUCUAGUCAUGAAUCCAGUAGGACUGGGCAUGAUGACACUAUUAUGAUUUUCAAAUUAAUCUAAUGAGCUGACGGACAGAAGGGAAUUCUGUAUGUGUUUGAUUACUGUCUUGGCAGAUGAGGCACCUUUGUUUGCAUGCAUGUUCAUGUACAUAUGAGCCAGUUAAGACAUUUCUUUUGGCUGAAUCGAUUCGUUGAUUUGAGAUGGCUUUGUGUGUAUGUAAGCUUGCCAACAAUAAUGAGAUUAGCAAGCAAUAACUGUACUGGAUUCUUGUGUUCAGAAAUGUGGUAAAGGGCAAAUGAAGAGCUUCAGAGUGAUUAGCAUAAUUUUCGACUUCAGGCUCUCGUCAAAACGUUAAGGUGCAAGGCUUUUGCAGAAGAUUUGUGAUGUGUGGUCUAGUCUUUAGUAUACAUUACUUAUUCUGUUAUUUAUGUAAAGUGCUGCACAUGAUUAGCAUUUUAUUCAAGUUUGAUACAUGUAACAGGUGUUGAAUAUGAGACGAACAAUAUUUCAUACAGUGGGCUAUGGCCGAUUUACAGAGCACUUCUAUGUAAUGCAUAGAAUACCCUUUUGUUUGACCUCACAACAUUCCUGUUGCCAACUCAAAGGGUCAGAUGACUUUUACUGUAAAGGCUCUAUCCAUGUACUUUUAAAAGAAACUGUCAUUGGUAGAAUUUCCGAAACUUACAUGUACCAGUACAUUCAUGUACUUGUACCAAAGCGAUUAAUUCAUUGGCACCAAAAUAUUCUCUCCUCUCACAGUGUUGUCACCUUCUCAUGUUUCUCCGUUUGAAUGAGUUGUAAUGCAAUGAUAAAUCGGCAGAUGGCAUGAUGAGCCCAAAGAGACUAUCAGGUGGAUUUCAACUGACCUUCAGCUAACUCUGGAGGUGGAGUGUAUGUACAUGUAUCAAAAGGGUAUUCAGAUCAGUUAGAUGUACAGUUGUUAUAUUAAUGGGUCACCUACUUCUGUAAUGUUACAACUUUUUAUCCUGGAUGUUUUGGUCUGUGGAUCACCUGCAUUCAAUGAACUAUAUCUCACAGUCGCAUGUUUUUGAAAAUGUCACUUAAAGAUAUUGUAUUUUCAAAGAAUAUCUCUCCAAACAUUGUACAGUAUUUGUCAUGUGACAAGUUGUUUUUGUUAUGAAAUAAAUAUUUGAAUAAGAUAUAGAUUGCUUUGUUUUACAUCGGUAUUUUCUUUGUGCUUCCAACAUCCACGAGGAAUCCCCGACACAAGAAGUUGGAUUAUCUGUACCACAUCUAGAGCUGCAUCUUGGUCUAGUACUGGUAGUUCAUUUUUCUCCAUGAUCCAAACACUGUAGAUUCAAUACAGGUC